ACAAAGUUUUACCGUUACAAUUAAUUUUCUUUUUACUUGUCUAUACAUUAAUUACCAAUAUAUAUAUAUAAUAUAUGUAUAUUUAUAUAAUUUGUAAAUAAUAUAUAUCACACGUGUAUCACACGGACGUAUGUUACCCAAUUUAAGGGACACAAAUUGGAUUAAAAAAAAUGUAAAUAAUGACCUAAAAAUAAUAGAAGUGUUUUACUAAACAUCUUUGCAGCCAUUCAUUUCCCAUAAAUUUCAAUGUUUACAAAAUCAUUAUGAGAUUAAAUAUAAGAGCGUUAUUCUUAAUUGUGAUAACAUUAGUCUUAAUAAGCGUGUUAUCAUUAUGGUCAAAUUGCUCUGAACAAAAUCUUGAUAUAUUUUCAAAACAGGCAGAUGCUAAAUAUGAAGCUCAAGUAACUCGAGAUGUUAAACCAAUAGACUGUCUUAUUAAUGGAGACAACAAUAAAAUAAACUGUCUUCUCAGCAGUGACACAGUAUAUGUUCCUUUUUCAUUUUUAAAAAACUACUUUGAGAUUUAUGGAAAAUUAGUUGAUAAUUUUGAUCAUCAAAAGGAGUUUCAUUGGUCACACAGCUAUUCCAAAAUAUACCAUCAGAGUGGAAAGUAUGAUUCACGUGGCGUAUUCACUAAUUUUCAAAAUUACAAAGUCGAAGAAAGAGAUAGGGUAAAAUGUGUUAGUGCAUCUGAAGGGGUUCCAGUAUCUACUCAGUGGAAUCCUCAUGGGUAUUACUAUCCUACGCAAAUAGCUCAAUUUGGCUUGUCUCAUUACAGCAAAAAUCUAACGCUGCCAUCACCGAACAUACAAGUUUUGGAGAAUGGUCAGUUAAAUCCUAAAUGGAUUAUUCCUCCUUCAUCAAAGUUACAAACUGUUAUUAAUUUGCCAACAAAUAGUAAUGUUGUGGAGUUUUUCAGUGCAGAUGAAGGAAUAACGCUGAAUAUUAAUGAAGAAGAUGAUUUUGUUCUAAGUUUUGAUGUAGCUUUAUCUAUUUCAACAAGUAGUAGUAUUGUGAUUACAAUGAAAGAAUAUAAAGAUUCAGAUGAAGUAUGGAAUCUUCAUUAUACAUGUUCACAUUCAUUUAUAUCUGCUAAGGGUCACAAUAUUUAUCAUGGUAUGCGUUGUCAUAAAGAUUUCAAUUGGAAAAAAUUAACGAGAAACGUUUUAGUUGAUUUACAGAAAGGUCUUCAUUUUUUAAAAAAGACAACACCUAAAAUGUUUCGUGCAAAGUACAAGAUAUGUGAUUUCAAAGUGUAUGGUAUUGGAUAUCUUGAUAAUCUGACCCUCAGCUCAAGCAAUCACAUAAGCCAGUUUUAUUCGGCUGCACAUUGGUUUGUUAAGCACCAAGAUAAAGAGUCAGGAGGUUGGCGUAAUCCAGUUACUCGUAAAAUAUACCCUUCAAUACAGCCUUUAAAACCAGGCUGGAUAUCAGCCAUGGGUCAAGGGCAAGCAAUAUCUUUGUUAGCAAGAGCGUUUUACCAUUCAGGUGGUAAUAAAUUGUACUUAAAAAGUGCUUACUCUGCACUAAAGCCAUUUAAAGUUCUUAGCGAAAAAGGAGGUGUGUUGGCCAUGUUUAUGAAUAUGUAUCCAUGGUAUGAAGAAUAUCCAACAUUCCCGCCUAUUUUUAUUUUAAACGGAUUCAUGUAUUCUUUAAUUGGUUUGUAUGAUCUUUUUUCAUUGGCUCCAAAUGGGUCUGAGAUUUCACAAGAGUCAUAUGUAUUAUGGAAGCAGGGAAUGACAUCUUUAAAAAAAUUGUUACCUAUGUUUGAUAUGGGUUCGAGAUCAGCAUACGACCUGCGACAUCUGACGCUUGAAACAUCACCCAACAUUGCAAGGUGGGAUUACCAUGCUACACACAUCAAUCAGUUGCUUUUAUUGGCCACUUUGGAUAAUGCAACAGUGAUUAAGUCCACUGCUAAAAGGUGGAUUAGUUACAUGAAUGGUGCUCAUGCAUCUCAUAAUUAGUUGAAUGCGCUAUUAUCAAAUAGUGUUACUUCAUCUUCUUUCAUCUUUUUCUACAACAACACAAUUGUAAAAAAGUAUGGCUGUGAAUUUUUUAAAAUUUUAAUUUGCUUAAAACUAUGUUUAAAAGAAAUUUUAUUGAAUAACUCGCAUUAAUUAUAUACAAUAUGGGCAACAUAUGCAAUUGCAUAUUAUACACUGAAUUAUUAAUGAGAUCCCUCUUUAUAGGAUGUUAUGCACAAUUAAAAACAAGGUUCAAAAAUAUUAGGGUGAAUAUUUUACAUAAAGUAUUUUAUUAUUGCUUGAUUUCUAUAAAACUAUUUGUAGCUUUCAAAAACUACAUCUAAUAUUAAAUUAAUUAGUAUUAAAUAAAAUAAUAUGAAACACCAUAUAUUUUGUACUUAGUAGCGAAAUCAUAUUAACUGCUAUUCUUUAAUUAUUGGCAAGUUUUUGGAAUAGUUGUAUGAGAUUUAAGUAAAAUAUGCUAAUUCAACCUAUAAUUCUAAAUUAAUUAAGUCCUUUGAUUAGUUUAGCAACAGUCGUUAAUAAUAUCUACUAUCAUGCGUUUAAUAUUUAUUCAAUAUUUACUGUUAUAGUUUAUGCACUACAUGCAAAUACUGUAACAGUAUUGGGUUAUAUAACUGAAUGUAUGUAUUAAAGCCAGCUAUUAGGUGAUUAAAUGUAUUUGUUUAAUAUUAUAAACAGUUAACUUAGUGCAAAAAUACAAUUUUCAUUAUAAAUAUAGUGCAGCUCAAUAUUUUCAUUGAACAAAUAUAGUCCAUUUUUUCCUAUUCAACUGUAUAAUAUGUACAAUUUUUUAAAUCAAGUUUAACAACAAAAAAUACAUUUUUUACUUUAACUGUAAGCCAAAUUUAAAAAAAACCGAACUUAGUGAGGGUGGACUGAGUAUAGCUGUUGUACAAUUCUAUCAUAAAUUUAAAGGAUUUUAAAAAACUCUAUUUUAUAACUCACUUAUACGUUAUACCUUCAGACCUGCAAUCGCCUUCGUCUUACCGUGCUAUUAUUUUACUAUCACUUAAAAAUAUAUAUAUUAUAAAGUUAUAAACUUAAUUAUUGUUAAUAAACUUGAUUAAACAAAUUUUUAAAAUGUAAAUAUUUUUAUUAAUAUACAAUAAGACAAGGAUGAAAAGAGGUGUGUGCCGAAAUUAUUUGGUAAUUUUGUACAUCUAUAUUAUAGAACAAAUUAUGUACCCGUAUCGGAAAAAGGACCAUUCUGUCAUUAUGUAUACAAGUGUAACUUCAUGAAAUCCUUAUUUUAAGUCUCAUCAUAGCCUUAUAGUCUAAUUCGCGUUUUAAUUGUUGUUUUGAGAAAAUCAAGUUUGAAAUCACUAAAUUAACAAAAUGGGCCUUUUUUUGAUAAAAUCAAAGUUGUCCAAUAUCGUGAACCGAUAUUUACUAGCACUUAAUUACAUCUAUACAAGUGUAAGUGAAAAACUAGAAGUCAACCAAGUGUUUCUUUUUCCAGUACUGGUGCACAAUUAUUAUUAGUCAUUAGUCAAGUAUUUUCAUGAUGCUGGGAUAUAUCAGGGUUUUUAUUUUAUUUUAUAUCAAAAGUUGCUUCUUGCUAUGUGUGGCUGCUUACACUAUAGACUUACAAUUUCUAUAGUAGAGAAUUUAUUCGUUGCAUUUGAAAAUAAAUGCACAACUUAGGCUUACCCAUAUAUUGUUAUAGUAUUUUUUUAAUAUUAUAAAUAGUGCAAAUAUUAAAUGUAUACAUAGCUAAUUAAGCUAUGUAUUUCUUGGUUAUAUUUUAAGUAUAUGAGUGGCGUUUA